AAGUGGUUCAGAAGAUGUGUGUUUGUAUUUCCUUAAGAAAGUAUGCAAUGUUAAAGUAAGCUACUAGUAGUAAGGUGCUAAGAAACUUUUACACCUGCACCAUUCAGAGCAUCAUGACAGGAAGCAUCACAGCCUGGUUUGGGAACAGCACCCAGCAGGACAGAUGGGCUCUACUGAGGGUGGUGAGUUCAGUUGAGCGUACCAUCCGAAUGGAGCUCCCUGACCUGCAGUCCGUCUACAGCAAGCGGUGCUGAAACAAGGCCAGGAAAAUAGUGGAAUACCUCAACCACCCGAGCAACGGACUUUCCUCUCUGUUACGGUCAGGGAAGCGCUUCCACUCCCUAAAGACCGAUACAGAGAGGAUGAAGAGGAGCUUCUUCCCUCAGGCUGUUUGGGCCAUCAACCAAUACGACACCAAGGACUUAAAAACCAGUCACCUCCAGGAACCACCCCACCUCUGCUAUUCCAUUUAUACAAACUCUUGUUUGUAUCUUGCACACUACAUUGCAUUGUUGCACACCACACUGCACUGCAUCUUAUGCUGCACAAUUUUUAUAAUUCAUUGCACGUCUUUUUAUAGAUAUUUAUAUAUUUUGCUUUUUUAUAUGUAUAGAUUUUAUAGAAAUUUUUUACAUUUUACUAAAAAACCUGUUAUGUUAGACAGCCGUAGCAUUUUCUGCACGUCGUACUGUGGGGGUGUGUAUGUGACAAAUAAAAUUUGAAUUUACGACACUCAGUCACUGCUGUGUGCGCUACUCGAUUCUUGCUGACACCUUCGACUUCCCAAAUCAAUGUGACAAUGAUAUAUACCUUCUACAGUAUACAGGGGGGUAUUCUUUCUGUUUCGAUCAAGUGUGCGGACUUUGACGAGUACUGUAGGUGUUAAGGGAUUCGAACGAACAACCUCGAGAGACCCCGGGCGAGGCGCGAGCGUGCACACUCAGCGACACCAGCUCGCGAACGGAAGCCGUGCUCCGGCGGAAGAACGAAAGCGCAGGAACAGAGCGCCGUGGUCACAUGACUUCAGUCCCACCAACGCACACAAACACGUAAACACGUUCCUCCUGAAGUGCUCUUAGGCGCGCGCACGCACAGGUAGACGCGCAGGUGUACGGGAGGCAACGGCGCCCCGUCUGUCGGGACUGAGAGAACCCUGCUCGGCCCGCAGCAGAGGAUCGCUGUGGACACGUCCGGACUGGGCAGCCGCUGUGAUGGAGACGGUCGGCCUAUAGGUAGAAUCAGCUGUUCCUUUCCACUGAAGUCUGCUAAAGAUGUCCAACACCCUGUCUCUGGAGGUCCCACGGACUUCUGUUUUCACAUUCCAGUCCUCGGUGCACAGCUCACACGUGCUUUGCCGCCUAGACGAGCAGAGGCAGAAUGAUUUCUUAUGCGAUGUGACGCUGAUUGUUGAGGGCCGCAGCUUCCGGGCCCAUCGGGUCGUCUUGGCUGCAUGCAGUGACUACUUCCAGGCUCGCGUGGGCAGCCACGCCGGACAGGGCAUGGUCAUCACCCUUCCGGAUGAGGUUACAGUAAAAGGCUUUGAACCAUUGCUGCAGUUUGCAUAUACUGCCAAACUCCUCUUCACUAAAGAAAAUAUUCUUGAAAUCCACAGUUGUGCAACCAUUUUAGGGUUUCACAACCUGGACAAGGCUUGCUUCGAGUUCCUCGUUCCAAAGUUUUUUGACAAAAGCAAAGGCAUACAAGGAUUGCGGAGAAAGGCAUGCUGUAGGCAGAGACUUGCACAGGCGGACUUCAGCAUUAACUUAAGUAAGGAUAACGGAGAGCAAGGUUGCACAGGCACAGAAACCCAGCUCCCGCUCAUGAACCUGAGGAGCAAGGAGGCAGCUUUCCCAGGCUCCGAAUUAACUUCAUGCCCUCCAGAGAGCCAGAGCAGAGACAGUGCUGAGACAGAUGGCCAAAUGGACUGCGCGCCGCCAGGCCCGAGUCGCUGUGCUUUGCUGGCAGCCUGCGGGAAGCAGGGGUUGUGUCUGGAGAGCUGUGACCCUCAGAUGACAUUCCCCUCUGAGGCUCUGACCAGUGAAGACUUUUGCCCCCCUUGUUUACCCUGCGUAGUGGAGAAUCAGGAAGAAGUAACUGGGAGUACCAGCUGUGGGAUCACACCCAGAAUAAGUGAUGUUUGUUUGGCUGGGGUUGAUGUAACCCCUGGGUGCCUCCCUCGUGUGACACUGCUUCCAGAAAGCCCCAGCUCUGUUGCCUUUGGGGCAACCCUGGAAAUGGACUGCAGCCAACCCUGUCAGCCUACAGCAGCUGGGAAUGACUGCUGUCCAGCUGGCCCUUUUGGAGAUCUUGAAGCUGCUGUAGCAGCGGUGGGAGUAAGCAGCGCCUUGGGACACAAUGGGAACAAAGAGACAGCAGAUAUCAGCCCCUCGUCCAACUCGGCUCUCGCCAGGGUGGUUCAAGGCAAGGAUGAGCCUGAACGGAGUAUUGUUGAGCGGGAGGUGGCUGAGCACCUGGCCAAGGGAUUCUGGCCUGACCUGUGUCCCUCACAGGCCCCGGAGCCCUUGCUACUGGAUCCAGCAGCCCAGGCUGGCCUAGAAAAGGCUUCAGACUUCCACUGGCUGAAGCAGCUGGACCUGACCUCCAGCACAGGGGACUGUCCCUUCCUUCGGGACCUGGGAGGAGAGGAGACACGCCUCCCUGAUAGUGAGCCGGUGUCACAGCCAGAAAAGAGCCCAUACGUCUCCUCUGUCAACUCAGGGGAAGAUUCUGACUGUGACACAGAGGGGGACAGUGAGUCAUACACUGCCGAGAGGGCACAUGAGGUUCAACUGCCUUUCCCAGUGGAGAAGAUCUCAUCCCUGAGCCGCAAUGACUUCCAGCAGCUGCUCAAGGUCCAGCCGCUGACUCGAGAGCAGCUGGACUUUGUACACGAUGUGCGGCGCCGCAGCAAGAACCGUAUGGCUGCACAGCGCUGCCGGAAGCGCAAGCUGGAUUGCAUCCACAACCUGGAGUGUGAGAUUGACAAGCUGAAUAAUGAGAAGGAGAAGCUGCUGCAGGAACAGGAGGAGCUGCGUCUCAGCAUGGAGCAAGCGAUGCGCAAUCUAUCCAGUCUGUGCCAGAAGGUGUGCGAUGAAGCAGCACUACCGCCUGAGCAGCUACAGGCCCUGGUGAAGUGUUCUCCUCUGGACUGUAUCACGUUUACUUCCUCUGAUGGCUGUGCCCGGGACUCCUGCAGCCCAGAGGGCACAGGUACAGCUGAAAGCAGUGCAGCCCCCCAGCAUCUCCCCCCAUCAACUGAUCCCAUCUCCAGGACAGCCAGCACCCCAGUUGCGGAGACGUGUGACCCCAUCUCCAUCAUAAACAUCUGCCUAGACAGCAGCAGUACAUGCGUGACGGGUGACUCUUAUACCCACUCCACUUUUUCCUCAGUUUAAAUAAGAUUCACCUACAUAGUAUUCAAAAAGUUCAUCCUCAACUUUUCCAGUGACUCUGGGAUUCUACAAAUUUUUUUUUUUUUAAAUUUUCUUUACCAUGUGUCUCUGAUUUAUUCAAGGAUCGUUGUAGCAAUUUCAGAAGAACAGUAAAAGAAUAUAUAUCUACUACGCAUUGCCCACAAGAUUCGAAGCUGUCAUCACAGGACACGAGUGUGGAUUACCAAAGAUUAGGUGAAAGAUUUGCUGGUUUGGUCUUAUUAUUUGAGUAAUGGAGAAAAAAACAGAAAUAAACCAAAGAGUCUCACCUGUUGUAAACAAAAUUAAACACAAUCCUCAUCUUAAGCAGAAUCAGAUGAUUGUCAAAAAAGUAAACUAGUUAAGCUGCUAGGAGUUGUAUCUGUUAGAUGUAAAAAGGCUUAAUUAAUCCUAAAAGCCUGAUGUGCUUGUCAUUUUCCAAUGGCAGUAGUAUAAGAUUUUUUUUUUUUCCUUUUUCAUAUUUUAGUUUUAAUAAUUUGUGUAUUGCCCCCCUACUUUUAGCAUUAUGCAUUUAAAGCAACUUAUU